AGUCGCAUUUCACAUUUUCACAGUUCAAAGUGCAAAACAAACUCGCAACAAAUAAUUUAAAGUUUCUAAAUUCUUAUCCAAAGUGUUACUAAAUCUGAUGGCCUCAAGGUACGAGGUAGAAGUAACACUAUCAUCCGCCAAAGACAUCAAAAAUGUCAACUGGAGUUAUGGACCCACAAAGCCGUACGCCAUAAUGUGGUUCGACCCUGACCGUAAAAUUGCAAGCCGGACCGACGACGAGGGGGAUACAAAACCCAAAUGGAACCAAAAACUCAUGGUUCCCCUCAAUGGUCCGGUCGAGGAUGCAACCCUCCACAUCGACGUGGUCCACUACGCGGGUCCCGAUGAGGACACCAAGCCCUUCAUCGGGUCUGCGAAGCUCGAUCUACGUGACGUGGUUGACGAGGUGGGUUUCGGGGCUAGUGGGAUUCGUAAACUUAAGCUCAAGCGUUCCUCUGGGAGGCCUCAGGGGAAGCUUGAGAUCGAAGUCAUUGUCCGUGAGCGACACUAUAGCCCGAGCCCUUACCCACCCUACCCUCCACCGGGACAUCAUCAUGAUCAGGUGACGUCUAGGGAUGUUGACCACUAUGGCACUCAACAUUACGGAGGCUAUGGCCAGCCCCCGAUAGGUUACGAGCAGAACCCGGGAGGGUAUGGGCAGCACCCGGGAGGUUACGACCCGAACCCGGAAGGAUACGGGCAGCCCCCAGCAGGUUACGGGCAGAACCAGACAGGUUAUGAGUCGCAACAAGGAUACGGGCAACCUGAAGAGAAGAAGAAGAGCAGUUAUGGAGGAAUUGGUACAGGAAUAGCUAUAGGUGCAGCUGCAGGAAUUCUGGGUGGAUUAGCUUUAGCUGAAGGGUAUGAUCAGUUUACUGAUCAUGUUGCAGAAGAGGCAGCUGAGAAGGUUGAAGAAGAUCGAGAGGAUGAUGACGACGAUGACGACGAUGAUGAUGACGAAUGAGUGAUUUUAAUUAAUGGGAUGGGUUUAUUCAUUGAUUAAAUGGUAAUAUUGUUUGUUGCUUUGUACUGUUGAUCCUUAAUUUGUGUUUAGGAUCUGCUUAAUUUCUCUUUUCUUUUUUGAAUUAUGUUUCCCUUUUUUCUUGUGUUUUUUUUAUGUAACAAAGUUGUAGCAAAACCGAGUCAUGAUAUGAUUAUGCUAUCAACUAAUUAUAAAAAAUAAAUUAUUAUAAUAAUUGGCAAGUAAGUUGGACCAAA